AUGUCUUCUAACGAGAACCAAUUCCACAUCCUUGGCGGCAACGACAAGAAGAACGAGGGCCAGAAUAAGCAGCAGUCGAACCAGCAGCAAGAAUCGAAGUCGGCCCAGGAAGGCGAGUUCCGCGUGCAACCCGAACCUCAGGACAUCAGCUCAGACUUCUCAGUGUACCAUGCGACUCCCGGGCCUGCUAUCCCCAAGAACUUUGAUGCUCAGAAGGAGGGAAGCAAAGAGGACCGUCGCGCCCAGGCGGCAGAGUGGAAUAAGAAAUAA